AUAAAACCAAAAAAAAAUGGUAUGGAACUAUGUUCUCGACGGGGCACAGGACCUUGUUGGGCGUAUUCCCAAGAACAUGUCCGAUGCCUUGCUGAAUGGUUUCGGAGGUAAUAAUUGCGGUCCACCUCCCACUCGUUCUUCAUCUAGUGGAAGGAGAAUCACGACGAGUGGACUAGAAGUGGGAGGUGGUUUUGGUGGAUCACGAGAAAGGACGAGUUUUGUACUUCUAGAUUUAAGGCUCAACUUUCAAUGGUCACCAUUGAGAUUCGGGUCACUGAGAUCGAAGAGGCGACCCCCCCUUGAGGAAAGAUGGGGGGAAAAUGAAGGGAAAGGGGAGAGCUUUGAAGGGGGUCCCUUCCGUUCAGAGUCAUGAUGACCAUUGAAGGCUGAGCUUUAAUAGAUGGAGAUGAGCGCAGAAGUACCAGUGGGCGACGAGGUGGGGCUUCUUCUUUACUGGGUUCAUCUUUUGCAUCUUGUUCUAGGACGUCAUCAUCUUUUACCACCUCGUCAACAUUUUCUGCUUCUUCGUCUUCUGCUUCAGUGUCAUCACGACGAAUGCCGCGAAGCAUGCGUGGUAUACCUAUAAAGCCUGGCUCUCACUGCCAUCCGUCUACAACUUCUCCAGCAACCACCUUCUCUUCGGAUCCGUCUGAAGGAGAAAGAAUGAGGUCCACUCAUCAAAAAACCACAAGGACAUCCUUCGCAAGUAGAAGUAAUCCGUCUAAAAGAGCCCUGGGCUCUCCCAGAACUGCAACAUCCUUCGCAGGGAACGGAGCAAUAUGUGGCGUGACUGGUGAAGGUCGCAUGACGUGUGGAAUCCCAGUGGCGACGGACUCGGUGACCGGCGCACCUAUGAUCAUAGAAUUUGCACAUACUGCUGGAGGCCCGAGUCCGGAGAACAGUGGCGGAGCAGGUGGUGGCGGAUCUCCAGUUAAGGGGGGCGUCCCUGUCUCAUCGUCUCAUAGUUCAUUUCCUCAUCUCCACUUUGGCACCAGUUUUCUUUCAGUCUGACUUCUACGUACCUGCUGCUCUUUUCAGCUAUAAGUAAAAUUGUAUUUUUCUGAACAAAGGGCAGUUCAUGUUCAGAUAAGUGUGUAUGUUGUAAGUUGUACGAGUUUCAUUUACGAGGUAAAAAUGCAUUUGGUGGCGGAUCUCCAGUUAAGGGGGAUGUCUAAUCGUUAAUUCCCUCUCUCUCGUUCAUUCCCUCAUCAUUUAGGAGGUAAUGCAUUUGGAUUAGAAUUUCCGAGAGCCUAUCUAAUUUGGGUGCCGACGAUAACAAGGCUCUGCUAUCUGGCUUAAGUCAAGUCCUGGAUGCAGUGAACGAUAACAGAGGAAGCUAGAACUGGACACCCUUGAAAGUGAAGUGGUGUAAGAAAUGCUGAGCUUCUUCAUAGGUGGACUAUGAGGACUUUUCCACAGUUGCUCGUGUCACUAAAGGAUGUCAAGUGAUGGUCUCUAGUAGAGACGAUGGAAGUGCACUCAGUCUCAAUGGAUGCUGGACGAUAUUAUUGUGGUAAAAUUUAGACCGCGAGAACAAAAGGCAGGCAAAUUCAGAAUAUCUAGUUGUGUGCUGUUUGGAAUCGAAA